AAUGUAUCUAACCAUCCAUCCAUCCAAACCAUUAUUUUUUCUCUCUCUAAAAAUAUCUGGUUUUCUCUCUCUAGAGAGGUCUCUGUAAAUCGUCUGAAUCAAAAAGAUCAAAUCUUUGGGUUUAGUUUUUUUUUUUUUUUUCGCGGGAAGAGAUGUCAGGUAAAGGCGCCAAGGGUUUGAUUCAUGGCAAAGGAGCCAGCAACAGCAAAGAUAAGGACAAGAAGAAACCCACCUCCCGAUCCUCACGAGCUGGCCUUCAGUUCCCGGUGGGUCGUAUCCACCGUCUCCUGAAGCAAAGGACCACAGCUAAUGGGAGAGUGGGAGCGACUGCUGCAGUUUAUUCUGCAGCUAUCUUGGAGUAUCUAACUGCUGAAGUUUUAGAGUUGGCAGGCAAUGCCAGCAAAGAUCUGAAGGUGAAGCGUAUCACUCCCAGGCAUUUGCAGCUUGCAAUCCGUGGUGACGAAGAACUUGAUACUCUGAUAAAAGGUACCAUUGCUGGUGGAGGUGUCAUCCCUCACAUUCACAAGUCACUUAUCAACAAGUCCACCAAGGAGUAAUGAUGAGGGCCAAAAUUCUAUGAGGAGACUCUCCUUUGUGACUUAGGAUCAUGUGUUUUAGUAAUUCGUUAUUUUGCUAGUUAAUUUUCAUGUCUGAUAGUAUUUGUAAUGGAUAAUGGGAUCAGAAACUCUUCUUUUUUAUUAUUAAUCUAGGCUUACUCUAGGAACCCUGUCAUAAUGUCGUAUUGCAUCCCUGGUAUUAAAGGCGUGUUUGAGCUA